AUGGCCCCGUCAGCUACUUCCCCAGUCACCGCAGAGGAUGCCCUCCCAGCACCCAUUCACCCCAGCUUCAUCCCCAAGCUCGACAAAGACUUCAUCGAGUACUACAACGCCCACGUGGGUAACGUGAAGUCGACGCAUGAGGUGACUAUUAAGGACAUCCGGGCGUUCCCAGCCAAGUACGCCAGCGUCUGGUACAAGGACUACUCGUACGAGCCUUUUGUCAAGGACAUCAAGAUCACGGCCGACGACGGCCAUGUGUUCACCGCCAGGAUCUAUAACCCAGACCCGUCGACCUCGCCGUUCGGAGAUGGGCCUUACCCUAUUCAUAUCAACUUUCACGGCGGAGGUUUCACGUUCGGCGGACUGGAGGGAGAUGCCGAGCUGUGCAUGACGGUCAGGACUCAGGUCGGCGUCAUGCUCAUGGAUGUGGACUACAGAUUGAGUCCAGAGCAUGACUAUGGCAAGGGCCACGACGAUUGCUGGGCUGCUGUUAAAUGGGUUCGUGAGCACGGGUCGGAGAUCAAUGCGAGGAGCGAUUCGAUCUCCAUUGGAGGCAUCUCGGCUGGAGGCACCAUCAGUGCUGUGAUCCAGCAACAGGCUCGCGAUAUCGGGUUGCCAUUGAAGCUCGCCUUCCUCGGUGUCCCGCUAGUCGCCAGCCACAUGUACAUCAAGGAACCCGAGGAAUCCCCCUACCCAUCGAUGGUUGAGAACGCCCUGGCACCAACCCUGAGCUGGAGCCGUCUCAAGUAUUUCCAGUCCCACUACACUACCAAGAGCGCGGAGGAGAAAGCGGCCCUGGAGGCCAGGGGCGUGUUUUUCUCCGACCCGGUGGACGGCGACCUGGAAGGCCUCUGUCCGACAUUCAUCGCUACGGCCGAGGCAGACCCCCUUCGCGAUGAAGGAGAGGAGUACGGGGCUAGGCUUGCCAAGGCGGGGGUAAAGACUACCCUGCGGAGGUAUACCGGUGUGCCGCACCCUUUUAUGCACAUGAGGCCGAUCAAGAAGGCCGUGAUGUACGUGGAAGAUUACUGUAGCGCCGUCAAGCAAGCUCACGGAGCGUAG